AUGGGUGUAAUUGGAAAAGAGAAUCAAACAGCCAUCACAGAAUUCAUUCUUCUGGGGUUUGGAGACUUCCAUGAAAUGCAGCCCUUACUCUUUGUGACAUUUUUAUUCAUCUACACCAUAACCAUGUCCUGCAACAUCGUAAUUGUUCUGGUGAUAGCAGCUGAUCACAAUCUACAUAUCCCCAUGUACUUCUUCCUGGGUAACUUAUCUUUCCUGGAGAUCUGCUACACCACCACCAUUGUCCCCAAGAUGCUAAGAAGUUUCCUUAGAGUGAGGGAAGUGAUUUUAUUCAUGGGUUGUGUAGCUCAGUUGUACAUUUUUGGAUCUUUGGCAGUCACUGAGUGCCUCCUUUUAUCAGUCAUGUCCUACGAUCGGUAUUUAGCAAUAUGCCAUCCGUUGUCUUAUGCAUCUGUUAUGAACUUUAAGGUUUGCCUUCAGCUAGCAGCUGGCUGUUGGAUAACUGGCUUCCUGACUCCUAUAGCAAUGAUGGUCUUGACUUUUACAUUGCCUUUCUGUGCUUCCAAGGUUGGCCAUUUCUUUUGUGAUUUCAUGCCUCUGUUAAAACUUUCCUGUACUGACACCCAUCUGGUUGAAUUUCUGUCUUUCACAGUGUCUGCCUGUGUGACCCUGGUCCCAUUUCUACUAACCUUGACUUCCUAUUAUAGGAUCAUCUCGACCAUUCAAAGGAUCCCUUCCACCACUGGGAAGCAAAAAGCCUUUUCCACCUGCUCCUCACACCUGCUGGUUGUUUCUAUUUUCUAUGGCACCAUCAUUAUUGUUUAUGGAGUCCCUGUAGGAAACCUGUCACCAGCUUUAAACAAGGCCUUCUCCCUACUCUAUACAGUCAUCUCUCCCAUGUUCAACCCCCUCAUCUACAGCCUGAGGAACAAGGAGGUCAAGGGUGCCCUGCAAAAGGUUGGAAGCAAAGUGUUCACUUUCCUAAAGAAGAGCAAUAUCCCAUAA